AUGAAGCUCACCCGUGCCUUCGCGCUGCUUGCGGCUGUCCUGCCAGCGCUCGCCCUCCCGGUUCACGACAACAGCUUCCCUUACAUCGGCGUCAAGGUCCUGCGCAUUCCGACUGGCAAUACCACGGCUGCCAUCGAUGAUAUCGUCGCUCAGUUCGACCUCAGCUCGUGGACGGCUGUCUCUCGGCCCAAUUCUCACAUCGACGUUGAGGUUCCCAAGGACAAGUUCGCAGCUUUCACGAAGGCAGCCAAGACCAUCCUGAACCAAGAAGGCAUAACCUACCCGAUCGAGACGAUGCACGAAGAUCUCGCAGCCAGUAUCAGGAAGGAGAGCGAGUACCUACUUGCCUCAAGCAAGAAGGUCGCAAGCUUAGAUGUCGAGGGUGAAGCAGCUCUAGUCGGACUCGCCAACCAAGCAUGGUUCAAUUCUUACCACUCCUACGCCGACCAUCUAACCUUCCUCGAUGACCUGGUUGCCACUUUCCCUAAUAACGCGAGAAUUGUGAGCUCUGGAACUUCCGUUGGCGGUCGCGACAUCAAGGGCAUCAACAUCUUCGGCUCGAGCGGCUCUGGAGCAAAACCUGCUGUCAUCUGGCAUGGUACUGUUCACGCUCGUGAAUGGAUCUCUUCAAUGACGAAUGAAUAUCUUGCGUACAGCCUUCUGAAUAACUACGCAAACUCGACCGAGGUCAAGUCGUAUGUCGACAACUACGAUUUCUAUAUCUUCCCUGUCGUCAAUCCCGAUGGCUUCGUCUACAGCCAAACAACCACACGUCUCUGGCGAAAGAAUAGGCAAAGUCCACCCUCUGGCAGCACUUGCUUCGGAAGAGAUAUAAACCGAAACUGGAACAUUGGAUGGGCCCAGACGAACGGCGCCUCGACUAACCCUUGUUCUGAGACGUUCAAGGGACUCGCCGCUCAUGAUGCCCGCGAAACCCAGGGUCUCUCUGCAUUCCUGAACGCGAGGGCACGCUCACCCGCCGGCGCGAAGCUCUACAUCGACUGGCACUCAUACAGCCAGUUGUUCAUGCACCCGUACGGCUAUUCGUGCACCAAAGUCGCCCCAGACAACACCGAGCUCGGCCAACUGGGUGCAGGUUUCAGCAACGCCCUUCGCGCCGUCUACGGUACGCGCUUCACCACCGGCCCCAGUUGCACUACAAUCUAUCCCGCCACCGGCGUCUCUGUCGAUUACGCCUAUGAUGUCUCGGGAAUUAAAUAUGCCUACACCGCGGAGUUACGCGACACAGGCGCGAAUGGGUUCGUCUUACCUGCGUCCCAGAUCCGACCCUCAGGCGAAGAGGUCUGGGCGGGCGUGAAGUACUUGCUGGCGAACUUGAGGUAA